AUGAAUAAGGUUUUUACAUUUUUUGGAAAUUACCUUUCAUGUUUACCUACAAUUUUUUCAAAUGGCUCGAUUAAAAAUUCCGAGGUUCAAACAGUUGUUGCGGAGCCAAAUUAUAGGCCAAUGAAUAUACGAUUAGAGUUAAUUCAAACGAAUAACGGUUUCGAAAUAAAACGUAAUGAUUUGACUGAUUCUGUGGAUUCACGUUCAAAAAAAGAAAAGCCAAUAAAUAUUAGGUUGGAAGUGGAUCCCACAAAUAACUCUAUCGAAAUAAAGCCUAAUGAUUCAACCAAUAAUGAUACAAUCAAUAACUCGACAAGUUCAAAUUCAUCUAAAAAUUCAAUAAAUAUACAAUUGGAAUUGGUUCCCGUAAAUAAUGUGAUUAACUCAAAUGAUUCUCGACCAACUAAUAAUGAAUUUGUAGAUAUAGCGCUUCCUAAAAGUAAUACAACCGAAUCAAAAUUCACUAUAAAUCCAAAUUAUAUCUCGACAGAUCCACAAUUAACUGAAGAUGUAUUAUAUAGUUUUCAAUUAGAAGAAACUCUUAAAAAUACUUCUACAGAUCCGUCUUAUAAUGAUUCUACAAAUAUACAAUUGAAAGCUGUUCCUUUAAAUAAUUCUAUUGAAACAGAUUCUAUUGAUUUAAAUAUGGAUACCUUAGAUUUACAAGUGACCACAAACCCUGAAGAUGUUUCUGUUGAAAAAGAAUUAACUGUUUCCGAUGUUUUAAAUAAAAGAAAAAGUUACCAACCCAUAAAUUUACAAUCAAUUCAAGGUUCUCUACCUGAAGAAAUGCAUUUGAAUAAUGCAAUGGAUAUAGAACUUGACUCACUUUAUAUGAUGGAUUUACAAUUUACCACAAAUCCUGAAGAUGUUUCUUUAAAUAAUACCGUUGGAAUAGAAUCUGUUGACUUCAAUCUGGACACCCUAUGUUUACAACUAACUACAAACCCCGAAGAUAUUCCUGUUGAAAAAGAAUUAACUAUUUCUGAUGUUUUAAACAAGAGAAAAAGUUAUAUUCCCGUAACGUCACAGUCAAUUCAAGAUACUAUACCAGAAGAAAUGCAUUUGAAUAAUGCAAUUGAUAUUGAACAUGACUCAACCCACAUUUUGGAUUUACAAAUAACCUCAAAUCCUGAAGACGUUUCUGUAAAUAAUACUAUCGAAAAAAAAUCUGUUGAUUUCAAUAUGGAUUCCUUAGAUUUCCAAUUUACUACAACCCCUGAGGAUGCUCCUGUUGAAAAAGAUUUAACUGUUUCUGAUGUUUUAAAUAAGAGAAAAAGUUAUCACCCUAUAAGAUCACAGUCAAUUAUACCGGAAGAAAUGCAUUUAAAUAAUGCAAUGGAUAUUGAACAUGAUUCAACCGACAAUUUGGAUUUACAAUUGUCUACAAAUCCUGAAGAUGUUCCUGUUGAACAAGAAUUAACUGCUUCCGAUAUUUUAAAUGAGAGAAAAGAUGUUCUACCAGAAGAGUUACAUUUGAAAAAUUCAGUAGAGAUAAGAUAUGAUUCAGAUGGUUUCACAAUUUACGAUAAUUCAAGUGAAACAGGCCAUGCUUCAACAGAUGAUUGGGAUCCAAAUAAUUUUUUAAAUGAUUGGGCUGAUGAUUGGAAUCAAAAUCAUGUUUCGACUGAUGACUGGGCCGAUGAUUCGAAUCGUCAAGAUCAUUCGGCUGAUGUUUGGGACGUAGAUUACUUUACUGAUGACCUUAAAGUAAUUCAUGUAGAUGAUCAUCUUUCAAUUGACAAUUGUACUGAUGAUGAUGAUUUGAGUCAUAAAGAUCAUUUAGUCGAUGUUUGGGAUUUAGACUAUUUUACCGAUACUUUAAACGAUGUGGAAGAUUUGACUGAUAUUGUUAUCUUUAAUGAAGAAGAUCCGACCGAUUUUCUUAAUUCAAAAGAUGAUGAUGUAAAAGUUCCAAUAAUUGUUCCAACUAUUGAUGCUGAAUAUAAAAAUGAAACAGUAGUACUUAAGGUUGUUGAAAAUUCUGCAAAAGAACCUUCAGUUGUUCUAAAUGAGUUAAAAACACAUCAAUCAUGCCGUAGUUCUGCAAGUGAAUUAUUAUCUACAGUUUGGGAUUGGUAUGUUAAAAUGACUGAUGGAACAGAAAUUCAAAAACAAUUUGCUGAUUCUGAUAAAAAAAUUAAAAAAAGAGCUAUGGAUAAAAUUAAAUUUCAUUCUGGAGCUACAUAUACUAGCAAAUUCAUUCCUACCGGGUUCAUUCGUACUAUUGAUCAUCUUAAUAUCUCCGAUACGCUUCCAUCAAAACCAAUUUGUACACUUGAUAUAAAUCCUUAA